AUUUAAUGGACUGAGGUCCCAAUCCAGUUAGAAGGCUUUCCUGAAAGACAACAAUAUUAGUUAUUUUCAUCCAUCGUCAAUAAUGAAUAAUGAAAUAUCGCCAUAGAAUUGAGUCACACACCCUCUCCUUCUGAACAAGUGUCGAAUGCAUCACGAUAAGAUAUUAGUAAACAACAACAACAUCAACAACUUAUCAUAAUUCUCCACACACAAUCUAAUUCUAAUCACCGCCACCAUGGCUCUGGACUUCAGUUACAUCCUCAUAAUUGAUAUUAGUCCUCUUUUAGCCAAAUCAGAUGACCCAAAAAUGGCUCAAGACCCUGAAGUACUUGACGUUGUUGCACAAUUGGAUAAGGCUUGUACUCAGGCUGGCUUCUUUUAUGUGAAAGGCCAUGGUAUUCCUGAUACACUUCUCAAAGGGGUUAGAGAUAUAACGCGCACAUUCUUCGAACUUCCUUAUGAAGAAAAGGCAAAAAUCAAAAUGACACCGGCGAAUGGGUUCAGAGGAUAUGAGAAGAUGGGAGAAAAUCUAACUGAAGGUACACCCGAUAUGCAUGAAGCUAUUGAUUGCUAUAGGGAAGUGACUAAAGGCAUGUAUGGAGAUCUUGGCAAAGUUAUGGAAGGAUGCAACCAGUGGCCACAAAAUCCUCCGAAGUUCAACCUUGUUAUGGAGGAAUAUAUUGGUCUUUGUAAAGAUCUUGCGAGGAAAAUUAUGCGCGGAAUUGCUUUAGCAUUAGGUGGAUCGCCGUAUGAAUUUGAAGGUGAUAGAGCUGGUGAUCCAUUUUGGGUAAUGCGUAUAAUCGGUUACCCUGGUGUAUCAACUGUAAAUGACAUUGGAUGUGGAGCUCACACAGAUUAUGGUUUAUUGACAUUGUUGAACCAAGAUGACGAUAUAAAUGCACUUCAGGUGAAAAACCUAUCUGGCGAAUGGAUAUCCGCAUCUCCAGUUCCAGGGUCAUUUGUGUGCAACAUUGGUGACAUGCUCAAGAUAUACUCCAACGGUUUGUACGAGUCAACUUUGCAUAGGGUGAUAAAUAACUCCGCAAAAUAUAGAGUCAGCAUAGUAUUUUUUUACGAGACAAACUUUGAUGCUGUGGUAGAGCCAUUGGAUACAUAUAAAACAAGGACAAAUGGCGACAAGAGGUCUGAAAGAGCCGUCUACGGAGAGCAUCUAGUCAGGAAGGUCCUCACAAACUUUGUGGAGGAGUGACUUUGUUCUUUCUCUUUCUAAUGAAUAAUAGGUUAAGUAUCGUUGUUAAGCUAGCUCCUUUUAUGUCCAUAUCUACUAAGAAUAAUGCUAAGUCAAAAUCAAGCAUUUGAUAUAUGUCAAUGCUUUUGCUCUUAAAAAUGUAUGCACCGAGAACAAUUUCAGUACCAAGACUAGACUUGGGAUAUUCACAUCUCACUCUGUUGUAUGAUAUCAUCCAAAUAUAUUAUUAUUAAGCUUGACCCUGCUUUAAUGUA